CAAUUUUGUCCGCAAGUGAAUUUUACGGAACAAUUUUGUCCACAAGUGAGUUUUUCGCGAAAUUGAACGCUCGUCUACAAUUUGCUCGGGAAAUCGAAAUCGACAUCGCAAGCAGGCAACAGUAAAAACCAUGGCGAGCUCUGAUUGGAAGCGGGAAGCGACCGAGCGGUUGAUUGAGGAGUAUCGUAAACUGCCCGUUCUCUACAAUAUGCGCCACCCUCGGUACUACAACAAGGGAAGUCGGAACGAGGCCCUUCACAUACUUGUGGAUGCAGUGCAGGAUGAGCGGCCGGGGACAUCUUCGGCGGACGUGCUCCGCAAGAUUCAAACCCUCCGCACCCAGUUUGGCCAGGAGAUCUCGAAGGUGCGACGCUCAUCGACGCAAGGCAAAUCCUACUCACCGACGGCCUGGUGGUUCAAGGGAUUGAGUUUCCUUCAGCAACACAUCAAGCACCGGUCGUCCAGUCCGAUCGAUUCGGAUAGCUCUUGGAAACAGGAGGGGGACAGCAACUCGUUCAACGUCUCGAUCAUCCGGAAGGGAUUGAACGAAAGCGAAGUGGAGUACGAUCAAUCGAUGGAUCAGGAAUACGAAGGCGAGGUGCAUUAUGAGAUUAAUGCCAUCGAGGAUGUGAAGAAUGUUAAAACGCUCGAAUUGAAACCGGUCGCUGCGAAUGCGUCGAUGUUGAAGCAAAGAAUGAAAACGCGGAGCAGCAUUGGAUCGACGUCUUACAGGUACCAAGAAGAAGCCUCACAAUCUGCCCAGACGCUAGACCAGCAAGUGGACAAUACGGAAAGCAACAGCGUUGGCACCAUCAUCUCUCUGCCCAUGGUGAAGCAACAACCCGCGCAGAACGAAACGGUUAACAGCAACUUCUAUACCGAGGUGUUCAUGGCCAACGAACGGUACAAGGCAACCGGGAAUUUCAUCGCCUCACAGAUGGCCUGCAUUAAGGACGAUUUGCUGUUUUACGAGACGCAAAUGGAGCUGCUCAAUAUUGCCCAAAAGGGUGUGCUACGGCAGUUGACCAUGGAUAGGGCAAACCAAGCAACUCCUGCCAGUCACACCAAUGAAUCGUAGAUCCCGUAAUAGCGACGAUAGAUUUCACAGUUAUUUUACAACUAUAGACACAUAGUUUUAGAAAAACUUUGAAUGAAUGCCAAGUUGAUUUACGAACCAACGGACCCGAUAAACAGCAAACAUGAUUGUUCCUGCUGAACCUUGUAAUAAGUCACUGAAUUAAUGGAAAGUAUGUGGAAUAAUGGAUGCUAAAUAACUUGCAU